GGAGAGGAGGCACCGGGCGGGCGAGAUGGAAGGAAACAGAGACGAAGCGGAGAAAUGCAUCCAGAUCGCGAGCAAAUUCAUGGAGGCGGGCGACAAGGAGAAAGCCGUGCGCUUCCUGAGCAAGGCGGAGAAGCUGUACCCCACGGCUAAAGCCAAAGUGCUGCUGAACGUGUUGACGAAGAAUGGGAGCAGUGCGGGAAAUGGUACACACUGCCGAAGGCGAGCGGACAAGUGGGAAAGCAGCGCAUCCACACCAGAGCCUCCUGGUCAUGAGUCCAGUGGCCAGGAGUCAGGAGGAGGAGGAGGAGGAGGAGGAGCAGCAGCAGCAGCAGAGUCCACCAAGAGUUUCAGCAAAGAGCAGCUGGACGGGGUGCACAGAAUAAAGAAGUGCAAGGACUAUUAUGAAGUGCUGGGUGUCACAAAAGAGGCCAGUGAUGAAGAGCUGAAGAAGGCUUAUAGGAAACUGGCACUGAAGUUCCAUCCAGACAAGAACCAUGCACCUGGCGCAACGGAGGCCUUCAAAAAGAUAGGCAAUGCAUACGCGGUGCUCAGCAACCCAGAGAAGAGGAAGCAGUAUGACCUGAGUGGCAGUGCAGAGUUGAGCAGCUCGGGCCACGCUCAGGGAGGCUUCCAGUUCAACCGAGGCUUUGAGGCGGACAUAACCCCCGAGGACCUCUUCAACAUGUUCUUCGGUGGUGGUUUUCCCUCCUCGGCAACACAAACCUUCGCCAAUGGCAGACCACAGUACAGCCAUCAACACAAUGAGACCCAUCACGAAAGACGAGAGGAGAGAAGUGGCUUCUCUGUGUUCAUUCAGCUGAUGCCCCUCUUGUUGUUGAUCCUGGUGUCCAUCCUGAGUCACCUGAUGGUGUCCACACCACCAUACAGCUUGUACUCCCGACCAGCUACAGGACAAACUGUCAGACGCCAAACUGAGAACCUUCAUAUAGAUUAUUACGUCACCAGAGACUUCAAGUCCGAGUACAAGGGCACAGCCUUGCAGAAAAUCGAGAAAGAAGCCGAAGAGGAGUACGUCUCAAAUGUCAGAAACAACUGCUGGAAAGAGAGGCAAACAAAAUCAGACCUGCUAUAUGCCGCCAGAGUCUACAGAGAUGACCGGCUGCGGCGGAGGGCUGAACUCAUGACAAUGGAAAACUGCAAGGAGCUUGACAGACUGAAUGAGCUGUUCCGUGGCGGUUGAGCCCAGGCUUCUCAGACUCUUCUAGAACAUACAUGUUUAAAUCAUACCUUUUUCAAAAGAAACAUGAGCAUAAAGAUGAGCAAAACCAUGUGGCGGAAAAAAAGAGAAAAAACACCCUUACUGUGGAAGUUCUUCAGAGUCACCCUGUCUGACCCCAAGAAACUACCUGACUCCAUCCUAGUCAGCUGUGAAAUACUAGUGAAUACUGCUUGUUUUUCUUUUUAUUUUAGGAACGAGAGAUACUGAUUAAUUGACUGCACUGACUUUAUGACUUUAAAACCAGUGACUGCUGUCCUUAUCUAAAAGAGGGGGUGUAUACCAAGAUGUUGGCAAGAUACAAAAUACAGGCUAUGCAAGGGAUUAGCUGCAGUACCUUGUCCAGGAGCGUAUCAGUGCUGUUGCUAAGGCCGAAGGGGAUCGCCAUGAACUCUCUGGGCCCUUGGCCAACGGUAAAGGCAGAAGUUGCAUUUUGCAAAUGGUACAUGUCUAUAGGUGUGCUUGACCUCCUCAAUCACUCUACAUUUCUUUCCUUUAACCUGUGUUUGGGGAUUUUGGAAUGUAUGGCCUGUGUUCAGAAUCAACAUAACCCCUACGCUACAGAAAUGAAUUCACAUGCACCACCACCAAGCAAAAGAUGCGGGAGCUCCACUGACAUUGAACAAUAAAGGAAAGCAGCUGCUGUCCGAUCACUGCACAGGACCAGGAGGUGGACAUUAAACCACUCUUAUUCAGCAAGUUUGUGCAUAUUUCAAUUUUGAAUGUUUGAAAUUAGAAGUUAUCUAAAUAUUUAAACGUUUGUCUUUAUUAGCAGACUAAUAAAUUGAAUAAAAUGUGAAUUAUAACAUGCAUAUUUUCACUUGUUAUAGUUACUGUGAUAAUUUACUUCCACAUGUCAGGUGGUCCAACCUGAUAAAUAAUAAAAUGAAUGUCUUAUAUUAAAAUCAUAUCACAAAACAUGCAGUAGUAGGCCCAACUACUUUUGCUGUACUAAGAGAUGACCAAGCAGAAGUAAAUAUAUUAUUUUUA